GUUUGUAGGAGGCAGCUGGGAUGAUGCAGGAGGCCGGAGCGUCUUUUUGCCGUAAUGCGUAUGCGAUGUAUUAGUAACUUCACUCCUAUUUUAAAGUAUAUGUCUCGUUCAGAAAACCAAUUUAUAAACAUUCAUGAGGCGUCGUUGUGAACUUGGUCUGUCGUUAUAUAUAUUUUUGUAAAUGGUUUUGAAGCUGCCUGCGCCAACGUGUCCUUUACUGCCCAACCCCGUUUCGGAAAGUGAACAUUUUUUCCGGGUGAGAAGGAGUCUCAGCGCCGCUGUCACGGUGAAAACCGGGCACGACGAGAACGGAAAUCCCACGAAGGAACAAGGCUAUAUACUGUGCCUAAUUUCAGCGAAACGCAGAAGGAAGGAGGACAGAACAGUAGCCCUGCUCCAACCGCCGCUGACACUCACUUCGGACAAAGAAUAUGAGUCUCAGGCUGUGACUGAGGUGAGCGAGCAUGCAGCGGAAACCUCAGGUGACGAGCAAAGAGAGACGUGGUACAUGUCGGAUGAACCAAAAAUGGAGAAAUGCUCUUCUGGUGAUGACUCCAGCACGCUGAAGGUGACCCAAGAUGCCAGCGGAGAGUCGGAUGAGGGUAGCAGCUCAGAGAGCGAGAUGGAGCAAGGCUAUGGGAGCGGUAGGAAACAAGAGCCGCUUAUCUCUACCAAAGUGCACCAGCAGCUCUGCCGCUCUCCCUGCCUGGAUCGGCCCAGCUUCUCUCAGAGCGGAACUUUUCAGGAUCUCCAUGCUGAGGAAAACAGGCUUCCUGCCAGUGAAAGGGAGCACCAGGCCAAGAUGGAUUUUGCAUUGAAGUUGGGCUACUCAGGGGAACAGAUUGAAACUGUGCUGAACAAACUGGGACCCAGUGCCCUAAUUAAUGACAUCCUGGCUGAACUGGUCAGACUGGGCAACAAGGGUGAACUGGAGGCUCCGGCCAGCAGCUGCAUCAGCACAAGCACCUUGGUAAGUCGAGGUGCUUGUAACAAGGAAAUUGCCAGUCCAAAGGUGUCAUUAGAGGGAAAAGCUGUUGACAGUUUUGAUAACCUGAGGCCUAUAGUCAUAGAUGGCUCGAACGUGGCAAUGAGCCAUGGAAACAAAGAAGUAUUUUCUUGCCGUGGUAUCCAGUUGGCAGUGGAUUGGUUUCUCGAGAAAGGACACAAAGAUAUCACAGUAUUUGUUCCAGCUUGGAGAAAAGAGCAGUCCAGACCUGAUGCUCCUAUUACAGAUCAAGAUAUCUUGAGGAAGCUAGAGAAAGAGAAGAUUCUGGUGUUUACACCAUCCCGUCGGGUCCAAGGUAGAAGAGUUGUGUGCUAUGAUGAUCGCUUCAUAGUGAAACUGGCUUGUGACUCUGAUGGUAUCAUUGUAUCCAACGACAACUACAGAGAUCUCCAGAAUGAAAAACCAGAAUGGAAAAAGUUCAUAGAGGAGCGUCUUCUAAUGUAUUCUUUUGUGAAUGACAAGUUCAUGCCACCAGAUGAUCCUUUGGGGCGACAUGGGCCAAGUUUGGAAAAUUUCCUCAGAAAAUGUCCCGUGGUCCCAGAGCACAAAAAGCAGCCAUGUCCAUAUGGAAAGAAAUGCACAUAUGGACACAAAUGCAGAUACUACCAUCCUGAGAGAGUGAAUCAGCCUCAGCGAUCUGUAGCUGAUGAACUUAGAGCAUUUGCUAAAAUGUCUGCUGUGAAAACAAUGAGUGAAGGAGCUUUGGUCAAAUGUAGCUCUGGGCCUAUUGCCUCGAAAGAUGAGAGCGGCUUCGAAGCGAAACGUGUCGCCCCCAAGCGGCAGUCAGACCCCAGCAUCCGCUCAGUGGCUUGUGAACCAGAAGAGAGAUUAUUGUCCACUAGGAAAACAGAAACCAGCUCUGUGCCUUCCCUUGUAACUGCCCUCAGUGUACCCACCUUGCAGCCUGCUAAAAGCCAUGUAGCUGUUGCCUUGAAUACCCGAUCUGCCAGCAGUCCAGUGCCUGGCUCCUCUCAGUUUAUCCGUAGCUCUCUGGAGCAUAUGCCUAGCGUACAGUACCCACCCAUCAUGGUCACCAACAGCCCUAUCUCCUCUAAUUACGGUGAACAUUUCACUAAAUAUGACUCCGUGGGUGACCAUGGGUACUAUUCCUUGCUGAAUGACUUCCAAAAAAUGAGCCUGAGUAGCAGAACAGAGAGCUUCUAUAAUAUGGAGUCUGAGUAUGUGAUACACCAGCGAAAUCAUAGCUCCUGUCCAGAGCCUCGUCUCAGCCACUCCAACAGUAACUCAUUCUCCUCAUUUGGGGAAUUGUAUUUGAGUUCCGUGGACAGUAACCUAGAAGAGAAUGUAAAAAGACAUCAAACGUCCUCUCAAAACAGGCUUCGGGCCUUUUCUCAUGGAUUUCAUCAUGAAGCUUUGACCAGGGUACAGAGCGAUGGUCAAGAGGAGCCCAAACAGACAUCGCAUAAACAGCCUGGCUCCCACUUAGCUCCACAUGUCCAGCAUCCACCCAUUGGGGCCAGGUCUAGCUGCCCAGGAAUUUACCCCCUACCAUACAUGACCCACCCAUCACCGAUCUCUCAGCCUGGCCGUUCCCUUGGCAUGACUCGCAUGGACAGCAUCUCCGACUCCCGCCUUUAUGAGAGCAACCCCAUGAGGCAGAGGAGACCACCACUAUGCCGGGAGCAACAUGCCAGCUGGGACCCCCUACCCUUUGGGGCCGAAUCCUUCAGAUACCAUUCGUACCCCUUGAGCAACAGCCCGAUGCGGUCAGGCUGUGAACGUUUUAUGGUGCGUAGUAUGCCAGAAAAGAUAGAGCAGAUAUGGAUGAGGCCUUGGGAAGGCCUUUCCACCGACUACGUAGAGGGUCAGGUCGUCCCAGAUCAUCAGUAUGAGACCUAUUGCAAUCUGUGCAACAUCUUCCCCUCCUACAUUGUACGGUCAGUCAUGGAGAAAAAUCCACAUAUGACGGAUCCACAGCAACUUGCUGCCAUCAUUGUCGCCAGCAACUCUUGCCGUUAAGUAUGUCAUUUGAAGGCAAAAUGAGUGUAAUAUUAUAUACUUAAGUGACAAAACCUGUGAUUGCCUGUGCAUACAUUUAUAUCCCGAUAAGCACUAUUGGGAUAUAUCGGGACUGACACUUGAAUUAUGUGAGUUUUGGGGGAUAGUUGAAAAGGACCCUAUGGGAGUGCAUACCUCAAGGACAUGUAACUUUUUGGCCUUCUGUUUCAAUCACCUCACUGGAGUCAUUUGAAACACUAUUGAUUUUUAAUGCUAAAUAUAAUAUUGAAAUAUCUUUUUUUUCCCCAAGUAUUCUUCAUAUUUGGAGUUAAAAUAUUUUUUCAUAAAAUACUGUUUCUGGUUAGAAAUUUGUUAGGAUUUUGAAAAAAAGAUGCAAAUACCGGUAAGAUGCUGAUAUAUUGCCAAAUCCUAUCUAAAACUGUGCCAUAAAAAGACAUAGUUUUUUAAUGAUGCUUGUAUUGACUGGUGGUUUAAUUUUGCCUUAGUACUCAUAGAUGUAUCUUCUAGUGUCUGUUUUAAAUCUAUUUUAUGACUGUAUUUAAACUGGAUACAUAUGUGUUUUGAACCUCACCAACCUGCAGGGUUUGAUGGUCCAGAUGCAGAUCUAGACGUUCUUGUAAACCAGGUUCAUGAACCUGCAGGUUACAAGUAAUACAGCUGUGGUCAAAUCCCUGGUUAGAAUUUAACCAAAGGUUUUGGCUGAAUUAUUUGCUCAGUCUUUUUCAUGCCUUUGAUUGUACAGUCAUGUGCCCCAUAACGAUAUUUCGGUCAACGACAGACCGCAUGUAUGACAGUAGUCCUGUAAGAUUAUAAUACAUGGUAAGGAUAAUAAACAACUAUGUUACUGGUUUAUGUAUUUGCUAUACUGUAAUUUUUGUCAUUAUUUUAGAGUGUACUCCUACUUAUAAAAAAGUUUACCAUAAAACAGUAGGCCAUGUUCUGUACACUGUAUGAUGUUUGCAAUGAAAAACAACAAAAUUUUUUAGAACGUAUCCCCGUCGUUAAGCGACGCAUGACUGUACUAUUAGCUAAUUUGCUUCAACUGUGUCUUUCCGUUUUAUAAAGCUAGCUAAUAGUCUCACGAUAUUUUUUGGAACCUUGCUUUUGAUCUGACUCUCGGUACCUUUGCUUUUGCGUUGGGUCACUUAAACCACAAAUACAUGUCUAAAUUGCCUGCAGGAAAGGUAUGGUAGCUGGCUUUGACUUAGAGGGUCUUGCAACAAGGAAAAGACAGCAGCUACAGCCAGAUAAAGACACCUGGGUAUCAGAAGGUAUUCCAUGUGGCUGAUUUGAUGUCAUGAUGUCAUGAUGAGAAAAAAAAAAACAUUUUCAUGUGUGUGACAAAAUGGGACUAUGAGUUCAAGUCUAUUAUCGAUGGAUGGUUUGAAGGUGUGUACUUUCACAUCAGCCAAAUGCCUUGAAAAGGCGUUUCUUUGUUUUUAAUGCAGAAAGGCUUGUAUCACUCAUUGCACAUUAUAAACUUUUUUGCAGUAAAACCUAUGACAUUGAUUUUUUUAGUGCGUAAGAGAAGAAGGCAUUGUACAGCCUUUAGUCUCUUUAUGAGAGAGUGCGACGCUGCCUUACUGUUUCUUACCGUGAAAUUCCAGGCGUACAGCUGCCAACAGGGUUGUUUCUGCCAUUAAGCUAACGGUUUUCUUGCUGCUCUGUUAUUUUUUCCCUUCGGCUUUAAACCACUGAACCCAGCCCAGAGAGGGUAACUAAAACUCUCCGGCAUAGAAGCAAGUUGUAGACUGGUAGUUUGCAUGUUAAUAAAGGUAUUGUAGUUCACAGGAUGUGUAACUGAAAUUAUCCUCAGUAAAACCAGCCUGUCAUAGAUUACCUCAGAAGCAGAUUUAAAUAAACCAUUCGCUUAAAAGUAGUCUGGUUUAUAUUAUGCCUAUUAGUUUGUCUAUUUAGUAGAACAACUAUGUAUUUUUAUAUUGACAGAUCAUUACCUACUAUUUCUGUGUAUAUGUAAUUUCACAAUAUUGAUCUUUAAAAAAGGCACAGUGUAUUAUGGUUAUCCUCACUGGGGAUUAGGUGACGCUAAAGAUUGCAGGCAUUAAUCCCCAAAUCAGAAAACACAACACAAAAAAAAAGUUUUACAAUAACUGUGUUUUGAUGUAAAUUCCUAUUACAUACAACAUUUUGGUGGAAUUCUUUUUCAGAAGAAUGAGACAAUAUAUGGAAAACUGUCUUGUCAAGGAAGGGAUUUAUUUCUGAUUGACGUCAGAUGCCAGUGAUGUCACAGUUGCACAAUAACCUCAGUAGUUUUGCUGCAGGGUAAAGGGUCAGGGUGGACAACGUAAUUAAAAAGACUACUUGCUGCAUGUUUGACUUUAUGCAUCUAAUUGGCACUAUUUUUAUGAAUACUAAUAAAGAUAAACAUUAUACUACUACUUUGGCUUUUUCCCACUUGCAUAAACAGUAUCUGUAUAGUAUAAUCUGUAGUAUAAUGGGCAACUGCUGACUAUUGAGCGAGGGCACAAAUGGGAAAGCAUGUUAAAAAUCUGAUACAUUAAAUCUUCUCAAAACCUUUACUUCACUGCAGUGAACAGCUAAGGCUAAAUGUGUAGAAACAACCUUUGCUUGUUGAUACAAAUUGUAUCUCUUUCUUGAUUGUAAAAAUAUUUAUAAAAUGUACAGUAUUUCCUUAGAAUAGAUUUACGUAAUAGAUGCCAUAAUGUUAGUGACACCAUGUGUCACUGGGAGUAGCCCUUGGGCAUAUAUUUUCUCACUGAGCAAAGCAGUUUAUUGACAGGGAAACUUACAUGUGAUAUGACAGUGCACUUUAUUUUUGUGUGCAUUUGUGAAAAUUAUUCUAUGUAUUUAAAACAAAUAUAACGCUGUGCAGUAAUAGUGUUUUCAUUUUUGGUGCUGCUGAACGCAUAUCUUUUAACAGAAGUGUGGGACCCCGACCGAUACUGCAGAUUUAUUAACACAGUAUCUCAAUAUUUUUACACAAAUCAAAAUAUGUAUUGAUUGUUUUGGGCUGGGGAGAAUUGUCAUUCUGUCAUUCUGAAGUUUAAAGAUAAAAUUAAGUCAAACAACCUGAUUAUGACAGAGUCACAUGACAGUUAUGUCACUCUCCUUUGUCACUUAUCUUUGCCUUAAUAAUGUGAACUCUUUCAGACUGAAUUUUUUAAUAUCAUUGUGUUGUAUAAAUUGUUCCUGAAGAUUACUAUACUGUAGUCUAUAGUAUAGUUGAUUACAGUGUGUCAUAUUUAAUUACUGUAAUUUUUAUAGAUUAGACAAUGACUUUGCUUUAGUGCAGGGGUGCCCAACCCCCAGUCCCCACCGGGCCUCUGAAUGCUGGAGGUUUGCGCAAGGGGUGCAUUUCCAAAAAUAAAUGAUAUAUUUUCAUCUGGAAAAAAAAUGGAAAUGAAUAAAUGUAUAUAUGGCUUGCCUAUGGAUCCACCAUCACUAGAAGUUUGGAAAUCCCUACUUUAGGGUACAUUGUUAAAUUUUACAGUUCUAAUUUAACCUUAAGGGGCGGCAUGGUGGUGCAGUGGUUAGCACUGUUGCCUCACACCUCUGGGACCCGGGUUCGAGUCUCCACCUGGGUCACAUGUGUGCGGAGUUUGCAUGUUCUCCCCAUGUCGUCGUGGGGUUUCCUCCGGGUACUCCGGUUUCCCCCCACAGUCCAAAAACAUGCUGAGGCUAAUUGGAGUCGCUAAAUUGCCCAUAGGUGUGCAUGUGUGAGUGAAUGGUGUGUGAGUGUGCCCUGCGAUGGGCUGGCCCCCCAUCCUGGGUUGUUCCCUGCCUCGUGCCCAUUGCUUCCGGGAUAGGCUCCGGACCCCCCGCGACCCAAUAGGAUAAGCAGUUUGGAAAAUGGAUGGAUGGAUGGAUAAUUUAACCUUAAUAAAAAGAAAAAGAUAUAUCUUAGAAACAUCCACAUUUUCACAUUUUUUACUUUGACCUAUACAUACAGUAUAGCCAUUCUCAGGUAAUUAGUCAAAACAAUUUAAAACAAUGUACGCGUUCAAACUGUAAAAUAUAAAAAUGUAUUGAACAUUCAUGUAUUGUGGUAAUGAGUCAAUUCAAUUCUGUGAUUUUUUUUUGCUGUAGAUAUACGUAUAUAAAUAUUUGGGUCUGAUGACUCAAACAAAAUGUAAGUCUUAAUGACAAAGUGUGUAUGUUUAUUUAAAUAAAAUGUGAUUUAUGUGUAGUAAAUUCGAUGAGUGAUGUAAUUUUUUUUUCCUGAGAAAAUCUCAUUUAAACCCUGUUUACUUGCAGGUUUCAUUCAGAUAUCAGAAACGCUAAUAAUACAUUUCACCUGCACAUUUUUUUAGCUUAACAUGUAACAGCCUUAAUUACCUAAACCUGCAGGAGUGUUUGUAAUCUAAUGACAUAUUUGUAUCAGUCAUUAUGUGUAUUCUUUAAUUCAAUAGGAUAUCGUGUUGUAUUUCUUUUUUGAGAUGUCAAAUAAUUUGAUUCAAUGUCCUUCCAUUUUUGUACAUUUGUGUUUGUAUGGUCUAUUUUAAUAAUAAAAACAUUAGUACAUUAA